UAACAACACGCGUUCUGAUUGGCUGCCCAGACUCCCACGAGGGGUCUCAUGCAAAAGAUUUCCGAAAGGGUUUAUUGUUUCUUUGCUUUCGGGAGCCGAAAUUGUUUGCCAUCUACCCAGUUCUGCAAUCAAAUAACGAGACGUAAAAAUGGCUGGUGGCAAAGCAGGAAAAGACAGUGGCAAAGCCAAGGCAAAAGCAGUGUCGCGCUCCCAGAGGGCUGGGCUGCAGUUCCCAGUGGGUCGUAUCCACAGGCACUUGAAGACUCGCACAACCAGCCACGGUCGUGUAGGAGCCACAGCAGCUGUGUACAGUGCUGCUAUCCUCGAGUACCUCACUGCUGAAGUACUAGAGUUGGCGGGCAACGCCUCCAAAGACUUGAAGGUGAAGCGUAUCACCCCCCGUCACUUGCAGCUUGCCAUCCGUGGUGACGAGGAGUUGGACUCCCUCAUCAAGGCAACAAUUGCUGGAGGAGGUGUAAUUCCCCACAUCCACAAAUCCCUCAUUGGGAAGAAGGGCCAGCAGAAGACUGCAUAGAUGCCGUGUUGACCAGAAAUUUCGGGGCUUGGGCUUUGAUCGGACCAGGAGUUCACAUUUGUUCUUUUUUAUUAUUAAUAUUAUAGCAAACGAAGAGUGAUUGUUAGGCUUUGUGUUGUAAUAUUUUCCCAUAACUAGAAGAAAAGUUCAGAAAACCCCUUAACGACAAAAAAAACCCCUUUGUAUGUUAUUGUAGAACGUUUGACUGGGGAGUUCAUGAUUAUUUCAGAUUGUGACAGUGAAUUUGUUUGAUUGGCCUGGGACUCUGUAAUGUUUUAUACUGAAAAAAGAAAUUGUUAAAACCAUUUUUUUAUAUAAAAAAAAAAACUUGUUUCGUGGUUAUUUUCUUGAAGUUACAAUAUUUUACUAUAAUACAAGUUUUUAAGGAGAUGUUUUUUUUUGACAGCAAAAUGGGUAACAACUGCUAAAUGUGAGAUGGUGCUUUUUUUUCCUUUAUACUUGCUGUAAUAUUUUGAACUGCACAAGGAUAGUGAUGUAUUAAAAGUUGAAUUUUUUACAUCAGAAUGAAAAAUAAUUGAGAACUACUCAUUGCAACUUUCCGCUACAGUGUUUUGUGUUUUAUGCAGUUCAAAAAGUGUAUUAAAUGUGUGAUCCUCUGCUGCUGUGGUUAGGCAGCACUGAUCCUGCAGUUUUUUCCUCAGAGCCAUCUGUCAAGUACAUAUCAGUAGUAUAUACGGGUCUCCGCAGGGUCUUAAACUCUAAAAUUGAAUCUGAAUUUUUAGGCCUUAAAAUGUCUUCAGUAUCAUUUUGCAGUUGUCAGUCUCAUUAAAUGUUUUUUUAGGUCAAAUGUAUGUUGAUCAUGCUGUAACAAACUACAAAUCGAAAGUGAAAUUGAACAGAUACCAAUUUUCCUUCACCACUAACAUAAUUUUUUUUUGCCACUAUGGGCGUAAACUUUGGCUUAAACUGUAUUCGUCUCAAAUCUUAAAUUUAACUUGUUGAAACCUGCAGGAACCCUGAAAGAAGUCAAAGCCUUUUCUAAAGCCUAUGUGUUCAGGGAAAUGUGUAUUUUAUCUUUAAAUAAAUAGCCUCUGAGUGUUA